AUGGAGGAAUCAAAGCACGAGAUUGACGUUGAAGCGAUUGCAAAGGACGUCUCAAACAACGAUAUUCCUGCAGAUGGGACGACAGAGCUGCUAGACGAGCACUCUUUGAGCUUCAUGCAAGCUUUGAAGCUCUACCCAAGCGCAGUAGGAUGGUCCAUGUUCUUCUCCCUCGGGGUUAUCAUGACCGCUUUCGAUCCUCAACUACUGGGCAGUUUAUUCGCGACUCCAGCGUUUCAAAAAGAUUUUGGUUAUCUAUACGGGGACUCCUAUAUUGUCAGUGCACCAUGGCAAACAGCACUUGGGAUGGGGAAUCCAAUUGGACAAGUUGUAGGAGCUCUAGGAGCGGGAUAUCCUAUGGAGUGGUAUGGGCGAAAACCGACGUUCAUAACCUGCGUUAUUUUGACAACAGCAUUUAUCUUCAACCAAUUCUUCGCACGUUCUCUGCCGGUCUUACUUGUCGGCGAAUUGAUAGGUGGUCUAAUUCUGGGCACGUAUACAACCAUUGCUCCUACAUACGCGAGCGAAGUCUGUCCGAUAGCUCUUCGGGGUCACCUAACAGCGUACAUAAAUCUCUGUUUCGUAACAGGUCAAUUACUAGCCAACGGUGUGAUUGCAGGAACAUCGCAACUCUCGAAUCAUUGGGCAUAUUCCGCACCCUUUGCGCUCCAAUGGGCUUUUCCAGCUAUAAUUCUCAUCGGCAGUAUCUUUGCGCCUGAAAGUCCAUGGUGGUAUAUCCGCAAAGGUCGACUUGCGGAUGCGGAAAAAGCACUUGGCAGAUUGAGCAGUAAAAGUGUGGAUAAGAAGGCCGCGUUGAGAGCGAUGAUCGAGACGGAUCGUCUAGAGGUAGAGAUGGAAACUGGUACAAGUUACUGGGAUUGUUUCAAGCAAAUCAAUCUGAGGCGGACGGAAAUCAGUGUUGGUGUUUUCACGACCCAGGUUUUUAGUGGAAUUUAUUUGGUGGGAUAUGCUGCCUAUUUCUUUCAGCUUGCCGGGUUGACUGGCCACAAAGCUUUCGAUAUGAGCGUUGGAUUUUUGGCUGUGGGCUGGGUUGGAACAGUACUUAGCUGGAUCAUGAUAUCGAAAUUCGGACGAAGGAGAAUCUAUAAUAUUGGUCUGGCAGUCUUGACUGUCAUCAUGUUUCUGAUUGCGUUCCUGGACUUCGCACCGGAUUAUGAGAAUAGACCUGGCAUUAUUUGGGCACAGUCCACUCUACUUAUUCUCUGGAACGGCGUCUUCGAUAUUUCAAUUGGUCCAAUUUGCUACGUUGUAAUCUGCGAAGUUUCGGCUACCAAAGUCCGCAGUAAGACCAUCGCCAUCGCAACAGCGGCACAAGCCAUUGUGGGCAUCAUCAUGACAGUCGCGAUCCCAUACAUGAUUAAUCCGGAUCAAGCAAAUUUGAGAGGGAAGAUGGGUUUGUUCUUUGGUGGGUUGUCAGUAAUCUGUUUCAUCUGGGCAUGGUUUAGAAUCCCCGAAACGAAAGGCAGGACGUACAAAGAACUUGACUUGAUGUUCGCCGAAGGAGUCAGGACUCGAGAAUUCAAGAAAUACAAGUUCAGUUGA